AUGGGACUUAAGUUGAACGGCAGAUAUAUUUCACUGAUCCUCGCGGUGCAAAUAGCGUACCUGGUGCAGGCCGUGAGAGCAGCGGGCAAGUGCGAUGCGGUCUUUAAGGGCUUUUCAGACUGUUUGCUCAAGCUGGGCGACAGCAUGGCCAACUACCCGCAGGGCCUGGACGACAAGACGAACAUCAAGACCGUGUGCACAUACUGGGAGGAUUUCCACAGCUGCACGGUCACAGCCCUUACGGAUUGCCAAGAAGGGGCGAAAGAUAUGUGGGAUAAACUGAGAAAAGAAUCCAAAAAUCUCAACAUCCAAGGCAGCUUAUUCGAACUCUGCGGCGGCGGCAACGGGGCGGCGGGGCCCCUGCUCCCGGCGCUGCCCGUGCUCCUGGUGUCUCUCUCGGCAGCUUUAGCGACCUGGCUUUCCUUCUGA